AUGGCCGACGACGGCUUCAACCGAGGGAAUCUCGUCUCUCCUCCCAAUUCUGGCGGUUCGAACGGGGUCAUGAAUGGUGGAUUCUCAUCCGGUCCUCGAAGCACUGGCGGCCCCUCGCCGCCGCCUUCUAUCGGCCGAUCAAGCAAUGGCACUAACCUAUACGCGCGGAGUGAGAGUGGCAGGAGUCAACGGGAAGAGCAUGUGGAGGCGGUAUUGGGACAACACUACAUUGCCUUAAAGGACUACUUGAGCGGACGCGACGGAAACACAAGCAAGCCUUUGAACAAGGCCCAGGAUAAGCUGUUGCGCUUGUCUGCCGUGCAGUUCCUUGAGCUCAGUACUGAUGUCUUUGACGAACUGCUUAGGAGGCAAGCCCUCGCGCGCCGGCCGCCUGGCCCAAAUGGUCAGGGUCCUCCUCCUUACCUCACACCCGAGCAAACAUUCCACCCCAAACGCAACCAGGCGCGCCAGAAGCUCUCCUCGCUCGGCCCUCCUCGCUUCAGAGAUCUGGCAACAGACGUUUAUGUCGAGUUGGAAAGGAGGUAUCCUCGCUUUGCAGCAGGGGAUAUCCCGCGUCCCGGCAGCAACAUGUCGAUGCGCGUACCGCCCAGCCGAUCGGGCACGCCGCUGAGUGGUAUGCAGAACGGCUUCCCGCCAAGAAACCAAAGCCGUAUGAGACGGCCGUCCGAUGCAAGUUCCAUCCGCGGUGCUAUGCCUCCCCAAGACCCAUAUGGCGUUCCUCCAUCACCAGGUCUGCCCAACGGUGACUAUGGCCGUCCGAUGCAGAAGCAAUUUCAGAGCAACACCAUUGUCCCGAACAAGAGCACCAUGGUGGAGGAGGAUGAUGACGGCAGCCCAGAUAACGACGAAGAUCGCGACGCUUUCGGAUUGGACAAAAAUGGCAACAGGACAAGUGAUAAGAGCCAGCGGACUACGGAGACCUCUGAGGCUGACAAGAAAAUGCUUGAGGAAUAUCGGAAUCAGGUCAAGGAUCUGACUGAACGCCUCGACAUCAUGGAAGAGGCAGUAAAGAGAAAAGAUGAUGAGCUGGCUGGCGUGCUCGAUGGCGAACGGUCCCGUGCCUCGGCCAACAACAUGGAAAAGCAAGAGUGGACCGAUUUGCGCACAAAUCUCGAAAACCAGCUUGCAGAUGCUCAGGGCCUCAACGAUUCGUUAAGACAGGAGCUUGACCGCGCCCAAGGAGAUCAGGUUCACGCUCGGAAUGACUAUGAUCGUUUGCGAAACGAGCAUGAUCGCAUUCAAGACGAUAUGGACCGUAUCAGAGACGGUCACGCGAACGAGAUAAGGGACCUGAGGGAUCAAUUGGAGGAGAUGCGUCAGAAGAGCAUGAACGUCAAUGUCAUGCAAGCAUCGACAUCGAGCAAUGCGCCGUCGGAUCCUGAGUUGAUCCAGGAGAACCAGCAGUUGCGACAGGCUCUGGAGGAGCAACAACAGCUGCGCAAUUUCAGGGCCUCGUCCCUCGGCCUCACCAUCGACCAGGACGCUGGAAAAUAUGUUCGCGAGAAGGGCUUUACCGAAGAGAACGGACUCGUCAAGGAUGUUCAUGUGACAAAGUUCCAGAUCUCAAUCGACGAGCUCCUUCAGCGAGCACGAGCUGACGACCCGGAGAAGAUCAUUGAUGCCAUGAAGCAUGUUGUUGUUAGCGUCAGGCGCAUCACGAAGGACAUGGCGGAAUCUCCUCCCCACGACGAGACGGUUGCGCAGGAGCAGGCUAAGUUGAAAGGCAAGGUCUCGUCCACUGCAAACGCGAUGAUCACGGCGUCGAAGAACUUUGCAGCUUCCGCCGGUAUCUCACCCGUAUCUCUACUCGAUGCCGCAGCUUCCCAUCUAGUCGCCGCAGUCGUUGACCUUCUGCGGACCGUCAAGAUCCGAGCUACCCCUGCCGGCGAGCUCGAGGAUGAUGACGACGGCACCAUCACGCCUGUUGAUUCGACUGGAUUUUUCUCUCCCCGCACCAAUUCGAUCCAGCAACCCAUCUCUGCUCAAGAUCUUCCGCCGCCGCCUCCUUUCCAAGGCUUAGGUGCGAACCGUGCUAGCGUCGACUCAUCUGCCUACAGCCCUGUCAGCUCUCCCCGCCAGUCUGCUGAUCCGUAUGGCCGCCGGCCCGUUUCUCGUGGAGCCAAUGGCAUGGGCAACGGCACGGGCAACGGCAUGGGCUAUAUGGGAAUGAACAAGGCACAACCACCAGCGCCAGCCAACAACUACGGUGGCCAGUCUGAUAGCCGCUACGAGGAUCUGAAAAUCUACCUGGAGGACCAGACAGCUAUUCUUGUCCAGAACAUUCAGAACUUGGUCGGGUCUAUUCGAAGCGACGCCACCAUCUCCCAAAUAUCGUCGGAAAUCGAUGGCAUCACCAAUGUAGUGAGCAAGGUCGUCGCCGAGACCGAGAGCACGGGCAACGGCAACUUGACGGCUCGUUUGGCGACAUGCCGUGACCGCCUCCUAGAGGCCAAUGACCGGGGUAUCGACCUAUCUUCGUCAGGACCAACGAACGGGACUGGCGGAUGUGGACGCAGACUUUGCCGCCCAUCGCCUUCGAGAUUGCGCGGGAGACCAAGGAGCUUGUGCAGCGGGUUGACCGACUCGUUAUGA